GUCGACCGGGGUUAAUGUGUUCUCGGGGCUAUGGUGUUUUGUCUAUAUUUUUGGCCUUUAUUUCGUUAUAUGUGAUUUACGCCAUCUAUUAAAGAGUAGAGAAACUAUUUGGUUACGAACUUACGCAAUGACGACAUCUCUAAUAUUACUACUUUACCGAUACGGCCAUUUUUUCAGAGUCGUCAGUUAUUUGGCUAGAUUGACGUUGUGCGUGUAAUUUACAAAUUCGCUUUUUAAAAUUAAAACUGUGGAUGAUGUGAAUUUAUUUUAAGAUGGUGCGUCACUAUAAGCGAAAAACUAAUGAUUCAUAUUCUCAAGAGUCACUCCAAAAAGCCGUAGAAAUGGUCAAAACAAAAGAAAUGAGCACAUACAAGGCUGCUGCAAUAUUUGGCGUACCUCGAUCAACUAUACUAGCCCGAGUAAAGGGACAUCGUGGUGCGAAAUAUGAUCAUCGUGGUAGACCAACUACAUUCACGGCGUCUAUUGAAAAAAACAUAGCUGGAGUUCUACAUACUAUGGAGCAGUGUGGGUUUGGUUUGACAAAAAGAGAAGUUAUUGGGCUAGUAGGCCAAUAUGUGACUCGGAACAACAUCAGCACUACUUUUAAAAAUAGUUUACCUGGAGAUGACUGGUUUGUGGGGUUUACCAGAAGAAAUAAGCUUUCCCUUAAAAAACCCCGAGCAGUCGAAAUUGCUCGUAAAAAAGCUGCCAAUCCAUUUGAAAUCCAAAAAUUUUACGAUUUGUUGGAAGAGACAAUCGUGAAAAUAGGAGUAGUACCAAGUCGAAUAUACAAUCUCGACGAAACGAGUUUCAGUCUCGAUCCAUCAAAAAGUAAAAUCGUAGGAGUACAGGGAUAUUCGUGCACAAGAACGACAAGUACACCUGGACGUGAAAAUAUCACCGUGCUAUUGGGAGCUAAUGCAUGUGGUGAGAAAAUUCCACCUUUAAUUAUAUUUAAAGGAACCUAUCUCUGGAAUACUUGGUUAUAUGAAGAUGAAAAUAAUACCACGUAUGCAGCCACCCGUAAAGGUUGGAUGGAAACGCCAGUUUUUGAAAGCUAUUUUGAUAACGUUAUCAUCCCGACACUAUGUACGAAACAAGAGCCCUUGCUUAUAAUUUAUGAUGGCCACUCUACGCACUUGGACAUAAAUAUUAUUGAAAAAGCUGCAGCUAACAACAUAACUAUAAUCAAGCUACCACCUCAUACAUCGCACAUCUUACAACCACUCGAUAUCAGUACAAUGAAAUCUAUGAAAGACCGAUGGGACAAAUAUUUGGUGCAAUGGCAAAGGAAGAAUAUUGGCAAAAAAAUCCCUAAAAGCGAAUUCUCACGUAUUAUGACCGAAGUGUGGAAUGAACUAGAGCCUGACAUUAUAAUUAACGGAUUUCGUAAAGCAGGUGUAUGGCCAAUCGAUCGCCACCAAGUUUCGCAGGACAAAUAUGAUCAAUUAGUUUUGAAAAGAUGGAAAAAUCAGAAGAAAUCAAAUGAAAAUACUAAUGAACAAGUAAGCCUAGGUAAAAAUAAUGAAAAAGAAAAAACAAAAGAGGAUUUAACAUACCAGAAAGAAAGUAUAAUCUUGGAAAACAAUAGUGAAGAAAGUAAAGAGAACUCAGAUGAUAAAGAAACAGAGGAGAAAAACGCAAAUCAUUGUGCAAUUGUAAAGAAUCCCGGAAUUUACAAAUUACAAUUACCACAAAAAAUUUCAAACGAAAACUGUUAUACAGAAAAAGUUGAAAUUUUAAAAGAUGAAAUAAUAAGAACACCAAAUUCACAAAAUUCAAUCACAAUCGAGCCAACUCGUGCUAUAGUCAACCAGUAUAAACCCAAUAAAAUCGAAGAACCUACUAUUAAUACUACUGUUACUUUUGAAGAAUUGGUGUUGCAAACUAUUUCUCGAGGAGACCAAAACACACAUAUAAAAAAGAAAAGAAUCGGGAGAGGUGCAGAAGUAAUUACUCAUAAAGAAGCUAUUGCUAGAAUAAAAAAGGAAAAAGAGACGAAACUUGCCAAAUCCAUGAAUAAGAAAAAGAGAAACUCUAAUACCACUGCCACUAGAAACAUAAGAAAAAGGAGUACAAAAAACAAAGAAAAUAAAAAAUCCAAGAAAAAGACAAAGAAAAUAAAUAAGGAUGAAACAAGUAAUAGUGAUAUAGAAAUGAGUAUACAUAGCGAUUCGGAUCUUUUGGAUUUGCAAUCUGAUUUUGAAAAUGAAGUGAUUAUAAUGGAAUGUAUAGAAAACAAAGAACUCGAAGAAAACCAGAUAGUGACAAAUAUGAUAAGUCAAAUAGAUCUUGAGAAAUUUGAAAGUAGCCAGGUUGGUUGCCAAACAAAUAAGAAAAUGAUGGUUAAUAAUAUUGAUGACGAACAAUAUGUGAGAGGUCAUAGCAUUAAAGAAAACAAUGCGGAAAUUAUGAUAAAUGUACAGUCCAAGGGAGUUUUAGGAGGUCAAGACAUACAAGAUGGGUAUGAUGAGGCUAACGGUGGUAUAUGUUUGGGUGAGAUUAAGAAAAAACUUUCAGAAAGCAAGGAUAUGAAACAGGUUAAAGAAAACCCAAGAAACAUUAAAGUGACCAUGUUGUCAGAAGUAAGGGACACAGCAGAUAAUCAUCCAUUUUUGGUCUACCACAAAUACGAUCCUCCUAAAUCAAUAGAAGAAUACUCUCAUUCAAUUCUCAGGAAGCAGAAUUUUAAUACACCCAAUAAAAAAAUCCAAAACUCGAUAUCGGAUGAUUAUUUUGCAGCAGGUUGUAGUAAAGAACCAGAAAAAACCACCUUUAUUUCAUAUAGUAUAAAUGACGAUAUUAUAGUAAGAUAUAUAUUUAAGAAGAAAGUAAAGUAUUUUGUGGGAAAAAUAAUCUCUAAACUAGGAAACAAAUAUAAAGUAUCCUUUUAUGUCCAACACGGAAAGAAUGACAGCACGAUAUUUAGGAAACCAAAGAAAAUGGAUAUUGAUACCAUAGAUGAAGAGAUGAUUGUGAAACCAGUUCAAUUAAUAGCUUUGAAUCAGCAAGAAUCAGAUUUUGCUUUCUUUGACGAUGAUGAUUUGGUAUAUUUUGAUUGUUAGUUGGAAAAUAUUAAACUUAAUUAGA